UGGAAGAAAGUAAAAUCCUGUGCAGGUCGGGCGGUCGCGUUGCCGGAGCGCGUCCAGGCGCGCUUCCCCUUUAGGACAUAUCAACACAGCGCCAAGGAGGACUCUGUACGCCGUCGCCAUGUAAUGAUCCGACCAUCCAUCUGAGCUGCACUUCUUUGAAAUCGGCGAUGGGACCUGGUUUGGUCCCUGGAAUCUCCUCCAAUGGGUAAGAAGAGGAAGAGGCCCGUCAAGGGUGACCGUGCGCCGGACAAGUCGUCUCAGGCCGGCACCGCAUCCACUGGUUUCGAGAACCAGAGCAGCCAGAGCAGCCUCGCUCGUGGUCAUGCUGAAGAACACGCCCAUCCUGUCAUCUCGUUAUACUAUCCCCAGGUGGUCAGCCUGAGACAAUAUCUCCUACGCCAAAUCCCCCUAUCCUCAAGGUCUCGCCGUCGAAGAAUUGUGUCCGUACGGGAUGACCAGCCUCCUGUCGGGACAAGCAACGAUAGCCGCUCAGGGGCACAGCUUGCCAAGCUCCUUGAUACAACUCUGGUGGGGAUAUUGACGGAGACUCCUCCCACGUGCAACGAGGAGCGACGGCAAGAGCUAGCUGCAUUCACGCAGUCGCAGUCCAGGUCCGAACUCGCUAGCACGGACAUCGGCCCACCAUGUGCUCAGGCAGAGAUCGUUGAUUUCGUCAUAUCAUCUUUAUUUAGUCACAAUCGAUUUUCCCGUCAGCAACCGCGUCAUCUGUUGGCCCGGGGCUUUAGACGUGCGAGCGCGCCUCAUGUUCCUGGGGACAGCACGAUUGCAUGCAGUAUUCCAGGCCUUGUGGCACAGUUUCCUAAUGGCAAUAUCCAAACUCUUAAGCAGGCGCCAUGGACAGAAGUGCUUGGCUUGUUGGGGAGUAAUGGAGAAGAGAUAAUGAUGCGGCUUCUGUUUGACUGUGGACUAUUCACUGCUGUUGACCAACAGAGAGGCAUCUAUUUCCAACUAAGCGGUAGGCUUAACUGCAAGCAGCAGAGUAUACAGGCUGAGAUGAGUUAGGGCUCCCUCUUUCAACGCUUGAACCAGUACAUAAGGUGCAAAGUGAUUCCCGCAGGAAUACAUCACCUCCCUCUGUCCCAAAUGAUGUGUCAGCUCCUGAGAGAA